UCCCUUGGUGUCCAUAUAUGUCUGGGACACAAUAUCAGCACAUUCUCUGUUGUUACCUGUGAUGCAUUUUUCCUUCUCACUCUCAAGAUUAAUUUCAAUUCCUAAAGAUUUCCCUUCUGAAAAUAUGCAGUAAUGCAUUAUGUGGUGCAGGCAUUUGGGGCAAAUGGUUCACAUUCAUUUUAGGGUUAGUAGUCAUGUUAUUUAAUUUUCUUUAGCUAUAGGAAGUUUCUUUUAGGAAUCUGCCUCAUGACACCAAGUGAAAUGUUUAACAACUACUAUAGAUUGUUUCCUAGGCAUGAGUUCAACAUUUGUUUGAAUUUUUCAGAGCAAAUCAAGCGAUGCUCCCAAAUGAUGACUUUGUAAAUUCAUACCCACUGGCCCUUUUUUUCUUCUUUUCUCAUAGACCCUAACUCUACCUUUCUGCUUUAAAGCAAAGUAAACUCGGUGGCCUCUCCUUCUCCACCCCUCAAAAUGAUAGCAAUCUCUGCAGUCAGCAGCGCUCUCCUGUUCUCCCUUCUCUGUGAAGCAAGUGCCGUCGUCUUACUCAAUUCCACUGACUCAUCCUCGCCAACCAAUAAUUUCACUGAUAUUGAAGCAGCACUAAAAGCACAACUAGAUUCUGCGGAUAUCCCCAAAGCCAGGCGGAAGCGCUACAUUUCGCAGAAUGACAUGAUCGCCAUUCUUGAUUAUCAUAAUCAAGUUCGGGGCAAGGUGUUCCCACCAGCAGCAAACAUGGAAUAUAUGGUUUGGGAUGAAAAUCUUGCAAAAUCUGCAGAGGCUUGGGCAGCUACUUGCAUUUGGGACCAUGGACCUUCUUAUUUACUGAGGUUUUUGGGCCAAAAUCUAUCUGUACGAACUGGAAGAUAUCGCUCUAUUCUCCAGCUGGUCAAGCCAUGGUAUGAUGAAGUGAAAGAUUAUGCUUUUCCAUACCCUCAGGAUUGCAACCCCAGAUGUCCUAUGAGAUGUUUUGGCCCCAUGUGCACACAUUAUACGCAGAUGGUUUGGGCCACCUCCAACCGGAUAGGAUGUGCAAUUCAUACUUGCCAAAACAUGAAUGUCUGGGGAGCUGUGUGGCGACGUGCAGUUUACCUGGUAUGCAACUAUGCCCCAAAGGGCAAUUGGAUUGGAGAAGCACCCUAUAAAGUAGGGGUACCAUGUUCAGCUUGCCCUCCAAGUUACGGAGGAUCUUGUACUGACAAUCUUUGUUUUCCAGGAGUAACGUCAAACUACCUAUACUGGUUUAAAUAAGCUUAUCUUUUCCUCCAGGAAAUAGAAUGGUUUCUGGGAAUCAUAGGCAUAUAUAUAUAUUGAGUUUUGCACAUAUUAUACAUAUUUUAUAAUAAUCUUGUUUUCCUUUUAUUAUUCAUUGUAUAAAUUAGUGUUUGUCUAGUAUGUUUGUUUCAUCUUUGAGGUAAUC